AUGCGAUUUCUAUACAUAUUUGUACUAUUCAUGUCAUUAUUGAAUAGAGCCGCCACUGAUGUCGUCUUCACUAAGGAACGAUGCGAUCGGGCACUAUACGGACUACAGGUGCAACCGGGUGAACCAUCACGAUAUCGCCAAUGUGGUCCAAACGGGAAAGUCUGGAUUGUCCCAUGUGUUCCCGGAGCGGUUUUUGAUCCGUUGAUUAAGGUCUGCAAGGAAUCGCCAAGGGCAGCUUUUCCGUCAGCAUCGAUUCGACGGAAAUCUGGAAAGUCGGAUGAGGAUCGAAUACCGAUCGAUACCGAAUUGACGCCAAUAACAGAAGAAUUUUUCUUUUCAACGAGGCGACCAAAGCGGCCACGACCGAAAACCAAACAACAAACCCCCGCUCCUACAAGUCAUUCGACAUCAUCCACACAUAAUUCCAUACACCGAUCCACCACUCCGCUACCACCAACUAUAACGUAUCCGUCUCCUUCACCACUAGUCGCUUCUGAAACAGCAUCAACUUCUUCAAGACCAUAUAGCCCAGCAUUUACUCCACCAAAUCGAAGGAUUACCAUUUCCCCAGGCAUAAAACGUCCUAAAAUCCAAUCGACGGGGAUAAAAGCUGGAACAUUGACGCCGACGUCCUCAAACACUCCAGAGAUUGCCGAACCGAUACCAGUUAGCGAGUUACAGAUGACAACGAUGUAUCCAUACACCUACGAGUACACCUCAAAUCCAGAAUUCCGUACAACUGCAAGCGCUACGGAACGAACCACAAGCGCUGAAAAUGUGGUGAAUUACAAGGGAGUAACCAUAAGUGAAGACGAAUUUUUGAAACAACUUGUAAAAAUAGUGGAAGCACAUCAAAUGGCAAUAAAUAAAAUUGAGGAACAGGUAGAAGAAGAACGACGGCGAGGUUCGAUGAAAACCAUUGAAGGACCGGAGACCAGCUUCAGGAAGCAAGGAGGACGGGAAAAUUCCGAGGAGGAAGAGAACAGGAACGUUGCAUUUGCCGUAGAAGAGGCAGAAAAGCAGAGACAACAGGAAAUAGCACGACUGAUAGCGGAGCGGGUAGAGAAAGAAAAAGAGGAACUCGCAUGGCAAGAGGAAAUCGCUAGACAGGAAGAGGAGAAGAAGAGAAAAGAAGAAGAGAUGAGAAGACAACAAAUAUACGCACAACAGUUGGCAGAGAUGCGAAGAAUCGAAAAGGAAAAGGAAUGGCAAGAAGAAAUAGCACGGCAACGAGCGGAGAUGGAAAAGAUGGAAAGGGAGAGACAAUUCGAAAUAGCACGUCAUAUAGAGGAGACGCAAAGACAAGAAGAGAUGAGACGUCUAGUGAUUGAGAAGAGAAGACAGGAAGAGGAAGCGAAAAGACAGCGAGAAAUAGCGCGACAGAAAGCGGAGGCGAAAAAGAAGGAAAGGGAACGACAACUAGAAAUAGCACGUCGAGUGGCAGCAGCACAGAAACAAGAAGAGGACAGAAUGAAACAGUUGGAAAAAGCACGGCAGAAGGCAGAGAUGCAAAAGAAAGAGAAAGAAAAACAAAAUGAAAUAGCACGUCAAGUAGCGGAAAGGAAAAAAGAGGAAGAAGAAAUGAGACGACAGGAAGCGGCCCGUGAAAAGCUAGAGAUGGAAGAGAAAGAGAGGAAAAGACAACAGGAAAUAGAACGGCAAAUGGCUGAGAAGAGAAAACAGGAAGAGGAGGCGAAAAGACAGGAAAUACAACGACAAAUAGUUGAAAAAAGAAAACAGGAAGAGGAGGCGAAAAGGCAAGAAAUACAACGACAGAUAGUCGAGAAGAGAAAACAGGAAGAGGAAGCGAAAAGACGAGAAAAAGAACUUCUAGAACGACUAGAAGCCGAAAGGCAAAAGAAAGAGAGAGAAGGACAGGAGGAAUUUGCUCGACAACAAGCAGAGCAAAAGCAACGUAAGGAGGAGGAGGAGAAGGAAAGAUUACGUCAGAAGCAGGUGGAGGAGGAAGAACGUAGAAAAGAGGAAGAGGAACGUCAAGAGACUCAGAGAAUGAUAGAAGAAGAACAGCGAAGAGCGGUAGAACAAGCAGUCACUCCAGGAGUAGAAGAUUCCUCAUCUACUGUGACGAAUCCUCGAUUUGGGACACAUAUUACGGGAGAUGGUGGGACAGGUGGCUCCAGCACCGACUAUUACGGCUACAACAUCAACACCGAUGUGGCAAAAACUGUAAUGGCCGGCGUAAUGAGCACGAAAAGAGGACAAAACAUCGCCACAGAAGCUCCAGAUCUGGAAAUAAUCCAUUUCACUGCGCCUCCUCCUACAGUAUCAUCCCCAAGCCUCGAAUGGGUGACGAGUCCACAUUCCUGGCGACCACCGCCCGAUUUACAGACGAAUGUUCUCGAAUGGACUCAAACUCCGAUACCUUCCACAGGACUCUCUGAGUUGCCGUCAACGGUCAUCUCUGGAUGUGCACUCAGUGAUGAGUGUGUUUUCAGCUAUGAUGAUGAUCUGCUAUGUCUUCAUCCGAGUGACGCGUCGCGGUACCUUCAGUGCACCCCAAUGAUUGGAAGACGAGGUCGAUGGACUGAACGGAUGUGUCCACCGCAACUUGUUUUUAUGGCAUAUUAUGGUCGAUGUGGUCUGGAUGCAGAAACUGCUUCACAACCUUACACAUCGGAAACUUUCGUUAUUCCACGACUACCAUCCGAUCCUGAAUUUGUUCGUUGGCAAGGCAACAAAGAAAUUCAGCACCAAGUCCCAGUUCAGUCAUCGUAUCAACCAGUUGCAAGUAACAUUUCGCCGUCCUAUCAGCUGCCGCCGCAGAUCACCACCCCAUCCUCAAUUCUAAGAACUAUUGAGGAAUUCCCACGUGAUCUACUACCACCAUUCAGCUACAUUCAUAACACUAUUCCACCUCCACACUAUGAAUCCGAUGGGGAUGCGAAUAUGGAUCUCUCGGUGAUCAAUCCGCUAUUUCCUCGUGUUCAACCCUACUUCCUUAUGCCAUUCGGGAAGUUCAGAGAUGGAAUCAUCAAUCCGGACACCUCGUUAAUGGGGAGCAUCAUCAAGCCAGCAAUUAAAAAGAUUGCAAUGGACCAAACCGAAACUUUUCUGGAUCGUAUUUUGGCCGAUCAGAUAGCGAAUAAUGACAAGUCUACGAAAUCUACGACAUCGUACAUGGCGGAAGAUGGAUGGAGGAAAACUGCCUAA